AUGUCGGAAGUGCUGGCAGUCUCACAGGACUCCCCUCUCCAAACAUGCAAGAAAUGCAACCUUGCCAUUUUCGAGGGCCACGCGUAUGAACUUGGCGAGGAUCGCUGGCACAUUGGCUGCUUCAAGUGCUUCAAAUGCGAGACGCUGCUUGGCUGUAACUCCAACUUCUUGGUCUUGGGGAACGGUAGUCUUGUGUGCUCCAACUGCUCCUAUAGCUGCAAACAGUGCGGCAAGAAGAUCGACGACUUGGCAAUCCUAACGGGCGACCAAGCGUACUGUUCCAGUUGUUUCAAGUGCCGUGUAUGCAAAGUCAAGAUCGAGGACUUGCGCUACGCCCGGACCUCCAAAGGCUUGUUCUGCAUGUCGUGCCACGAGGACCUCAUUGCCAAGAAGCGGAAGCACGACUUGAAGCGGAAACAGUUGGCUCUGCUUAUGCUGCUGCUGCGGCCCUUGCCGAGCGAAGACCUGAGCCCCCUGCUCAACGUCUCUUCGGUUUCAUCCCGUCUUUCAACGACGAGCGGGUCACCCCACACCAAUCAGCACGACAUGUAUCUGCACCCCAAUCCUUCGCUGUCUUCCACUCACAACAAACUGCUUCCACCCCACCCCGAGUCAAGGAGCUCUGGGGCAUCUCCUUCGGCCACGGACUCACUAGCCCAAACCACGCCGUCGGCUGUAUCUUCCUCUACAACCAUCGAAUCUUCGCCUGCUCUUCAUGGGCCGGAAAUGACGUCACAGGCUUCGUAUCUGAUGUCCCCCGCCCCCAGCCUGAAACAAAAGUCAGCUUCGACCACUGAGAAUAAGCUUCUAAGCCUGGUGUUCCCCAAGACGCCUUUCACCCUGCACCCGAACCCGUCAUAUGACAUUGAGGAAGUCAAUGAUUCGGAUGAUGAGCUUCACCUCCGCAAAGUGCGAGAGAACUUAGAACGCCGCUUCAUGAAACAGUCAGACGAACCUGAUGGCGCAAUCUUAGACUUGAUUGAUUCUUUCUCGGCACCGAACACUCCGUCCACCAUAUACAACCACCCAGAGACUAACGGGUCUUCUGGUUCAGCCCGGCAGGCAAACCAGGAACAGGCUUCGCCGCACAAAAAUAUUCUUCUCCGCUCUCCAAAUCAGUUUCAUGACAAUGAAUUUCAUAAUGCAGACAACAUCCAUGAUGAACAACCUAUUUCUGUUCUUCCAGAGGAAAAGCGCCGCUCAAACUUUCCUAUCACAUCUCCAAUGGCAAAAGUGAAUCGCCAAGCACGUGUGGUCGAGACCAACGAUAAAAACUCAAACACUGACCUGGGUCUGGAAACUAAGAGCCCAGCACGCCAACAAAACGAGAAGGUUUUAUCUACUCCAAAGAAAAAACUGACAUCCAGCAAGUCACCUCAUCUAUCAUCUCCUGCACCACAUCUCAUGUUACCUGGUGUACCCUUAACACCCAAACAGAAUGGACCCGAAAUGCAACAGCGCCAUGAAAAAUUGGGUGAAAUGAGUGAACCAAAAGGAUUGGGGCUUGAGGGAUUUGACUUGCCAAAAACCCGCACAUUGAAGUCAGCAACACCGACUGUGACUAACUUAGAAAACUUACAAAGAGAAGAACCAGACUAUGACGACUUCCAGAAGUCCCCACCAAGUCGUAAGACAAGCGUGAAAAACUUACUUCUGAAUAGGCACAAACGUUCUACAUCAAGCAGUCUGGGUGGUGGACUAUCCGGCAAAUUGGGGAUGUUCAAAUCGAAAGAUGAACCAGAUUUAUCAAAGGGACAUACACGUCACGCCCUGGAGGGCUCUUUCAAUGGCCAGGCCUUCACGACCCCUCCACUACCGUUAACUUCACCGAUGGUUCAAAUAUCCCGUCGAGAUUCGCACACAAGAGAUUUCGAGAUGCGCUCAAUCAAGUUCGAAAUUUAUCAGUUGGACUCAAGAAGACAGGCUUUGCUAGCGGAGAACAUGAAGUUGAACUCCGAUAAGAGCAAACUACUCGAAGCAUUGAACACACUACUGAAACGUGUUACCCAGGACACGCAGGCGAAAGAACUUCUCUCACUUGAAGUGAAAGAGCUUACGAUUCAGAAAAGUAAGUUGAAGGAAGAAAAUGAAAGCCUCAUUUUGGAGAAUAAGAAUCUCCAAGAAUCAACGUGGCGUAGCCGCGAGCUGAUACGCGAGCCGAAAGAAAAUCAUGCUAGUCAAGCAUACGACCACCACAACGAGACUUUUGAGUCAAACAAUGUGUUGGAAUCCAUCAAUGACGAAGGAGCAGAGGCCCAAAAAGCGACACGGCUCAAGUUCUGGCGUCGUCCCAAGGUAACCAUAACGAACACACAGGCUCAGCAACACCCGAGCCAACUCCUUUCGUCAAGCAUGGCACCAGCACAAAGUCAAGGCUCGAUUGGUGAUGAGUCUUCUGGGCCAAGAAAAGCAUUGAAUAGCUUGACGGGCAAAUCACGUUCUUCGGGAAACAUCGAUUUAUUUGGAAAUGGCUCGAAUGGAAAGGGCCACACGGAUGUUCCGCUCCUCAACUCAACGUUACAAAGACGCGCUGCUUUUGAAAAUGAAAAGGUCCCGUUGAUUAUAACCAAGUGCAUUGAGGAAGUUGAAAAACGUGGAUUGGAUAUGGAAGGUAUUUACAGGUUGAGUGGCGGAAACACAGCUAUCAGCGCGAUAGAACAUGCUUUCGCCGGAAUAUCCACAAACGGAGUUCAAGAGAAGAAACAAAUGGCCAAACUUAAUGAGGUUCUCAGUGGUGACAUUAAUGCUGUUACAAGUGCAUUUAAAAGGUACCUUCGGAAGUUACCAGAUCCUUUGGUCCCAUUUGCUUCGUAUGACGCUUUUGUGCGGAUCGGACAGCGUAAGGCAGAUGCAAGUGAACUUUGCAAUGAGUUCAAAACUCGCAUUAUCAACAGACUACCUCCUGCGAACAAGCACACAAUGUACAUGAUUGUCAAACACCUAAACAAGGUCAAUCAAUACAGCAAUGUGAACAGAAUGACCUACAAGAAUCUUUCGGUCGUAUUUGCUCCGACUAUAGCCAGAGAUGUCACCGGAGAACGAGAAAUGAUGGACAUGGGACCACGAAAUGAGGCAACAGAGUUGCUUUUCUCAAACUUUGACACUCUUUUCUCUGACUAUGUUGAGGAACACUGA